ACUGCGAUCGUAUUAACAUAAAAUAAUUGUAGAGUGUUUUGUUAAAGAAACUCAAGAAAUGGCCAACACCAGCUGUUUGCGCGCAUUAGCGCUGCUCUCAAUUGUGCUGGUAAGCUGCCCUUUGCACAGCGCUGCGCCCAGCAAACGUAUAAUUUACAGAUUAACAGAUUGUACCGCCGAGCAAUUGCAACAUUUACCCAAACUUUCCGCGAUCUUUGAGCUAUCCGCCGUGACAUGCAACAUAUCAAUGCUACCAUCUGCCUACUUCAGACGCUUUAGCGCACUAACAGCAUUGGAAGUGCGCGAAAGCGGGCUUACAAACAUAGACGACAAUGCGCUCAACGGCCUAGAUCAGCUGCAGUGGUUGUCGCUAGCUUGGAAUUACAUUACCAUCGUCAAAGUGUGGGCCACCGAACCGUUGAAAGCGCUACACAUGCUCGAUUUGGAAGGCAAUGCCAUAAGAACCUUGAACGCUGAAAGCUUCAGCUGCUAUCCGAAUUUGCAAUACUUGAGCUUAGCUGCUAAUAUGCUGGAGCGAAUCGACAGUGAUGCUUUUACACAGCUUCCACACUUGAAACACUUGAAUUUGGCACACAAUCGCUUGAGUGUGAUUGAAUCGUCAUCGUUUCGUGGCAUGCAACGCCUGGCGCAUUUGUCAUUGCAGCAUAACGGGAUUGAGCAUGUGGAAGCCGAAAGCUUUGAGACGAAUACACAUCUGCGCUCGUUGCGCUUAGACGACAAUAAGCUGCAGGAUUUGGAAUUUCUGCGCAGUAAGCCGUUGAAACGCCUUCUGCAUUUGAAUUUGUCACACAAUCAAGUGGAAACGCUUGACGUGCUUGCGACGGGCGAGUGGGCGGUCAUGGACUUGGAUGUGAGCUACAAUCGACUGGAGGAAGUGCAGACGGAUACGUUUGGUGGCUUGGAGGGGCUUAUG